UCCCUCCCUCCCUCCCUCCACAAUCUCUCGCUGGAGUAAAGUUAUCUUUCUCUGCUCUCUCUCGUUUUGGGUUUUACACACCCUCCCUCCCUCCCUCCCUCCCCUUUCUUUCCUCUCCCCGGGGGAGGCACACAUUGUCUGUGGCGCAGUGUCCGGUUUCAAGCCAUGCUGCGCGGCGCGCUCUCCUACGUGGGUCAGAAAUAGAAGCGAGAGGUCCGGGAGGAGGUUCUGCUGAGAGACACUUUGGCUGAGGCUCAGAUCCUGUCCCGAGCACAGACGCGGCGGCGCAAAUUGGGGAUAUACGCAUAUUUGUUCUUCUCUCAUCUACUGCACGGACAAGACACGCAGCGUGGAUCUCAACUAAAUGACUACGAGUUGACCACCUCACCAGGUGUGUCUCGCCGAUGCUCUUGGCCUCUGAGGAGGAGUGAGCCUAGCCCAGCACCCCCUCCCCAUGGGGCGCCCUGUUAGCCAGCAUGCACUGCUGCUACUGCAGUGCAUGCUGCUGCUCGGAGGCGUGGCCGGGAGGAGAGGGCCGGUGUUGCUCCCCGAGUCACCGUGUCACAAGACAGAGCACCCCAUCAUCCCCCACUCGGGGAUGGAGCCGUGGAUUUUCCGGUUCAAAGCAGAGGACACGGUGGAUUAUUCCCAGUUGACCUUUGAUCCCAGCCAGAACGAACUGAUUGUGGGUGCCAGAAAUCAUCUCUUCAGGCUCAAUCUCGAGGACCUAACACUGAUCCAGGAAGCUGAGUGGCACUGUGAUGAAUUUACUAAGGGAGCUUGCUUCAGCCGAGGAAAGUCCGAGGAGGAGUGCCAGAACUACAUCAGGGUGCUGCUUGUCAAUGGAAACAGGCUGUUUACCUGCGGGACCAAUGCUUUCACUCCUAUCUGCACCAACCGAACGCUCACCAAUCUGACGGAAAUCCACGAUCAGAUAAGCGGAAUGGCACGGUGUCCUUACAAUCCCCUCCACAACUCCACGGCACUCAUCACAUCCAGCGGCGAGCUUUACGCAGCAACGGCGAUGGACUUCUCCGGGCGUGACCCCGCCAUCUACCGCAGCCUGGGUGGCCUGCCACCGCUCCGUACUGCCCAGUACAACUCCAAGUGGCUUAAUGAACCCAACUUUGUGUCAUCCUACGAUAUCGGCAACUUUACCUACUUCUUCUUUCGGGAGUACGCGGUGGAGCACGAUUGCGGUCGCACCGUCUUCUCCCGGGCCGGCCGCGUCUGUAAGAACGACAUCGGCGGCCGCUUCCUCCUGGAGGACACGUGGACGACCUUCAUGAAGGCUCGACUCAACUGUUCCCGGCCCGGUGAAAUUCCCUUUAACUAUAACGAACUGCAGGGCACCUUCUACCUGCCCGAGCUGGAGCUGCUCUACGGCAUCUUUACUACCAAUGUAAACAGCAUCGCUGCCUCUGCUGUGUGUGCCUUCAAUCUGAGUGCCAUAUCACAGGUCUUCAACGGACCCUUCAAGUACCAGGAAAAUUCCCGCUCGGCCUGGCUGCCAUACCCUAACCCUAACCCUGACUUUAAGUGCGGCACCAUCGACUCGGGCUCGUACGUGAACCUGACAGAGAGGAACUUGCAAGACGCCCAGAAGUUCCUAUUGAUGCAUGAGGUGGUCCAACCUGUGGUUCCCGUCCCCUACUUCAUGGAGGAUAAUGUUCGCUUCAGCCACGUGGCCGUGGAUGUGGUGCAAGGCAAAGACAUGCUCUUUCAUAUCAUCUAUUUAGCCACCGAUUACGGCACCAUCAGAAAAGUGCUCUCGCCUUUGAAUCAAUCCACGGGAAGCUGCCUAUUGGAAGAGAUUGAGCUAUUCCCAGCCAGGAAGAGGCAGCCCAUCCGUAGCCUGCUGAUCCUGCACAGCCGAAGCGAGCUGUACGUGGGCGUCCGAGACCAGGUCAUCAAGAUCCCCCUGAAGAGGUGCAGCUACCACAAGGCGAGAGAUGCAUGUGUGGGGGCCAGAGACCCUUACUGUGGUUGGGACCUCCUCCUGAAGAAAUGUACCACCUUAGAAGAAAGCGCCAGAAUGAGCCAAUGGGAGCAGAGCAUUACAAAGUGCCCUGUUCGGAAUGUGACAGUUGAUGGAGGUUUUGGUGCCUGGUCGGCGUGGUCCACUUGUAGCCACAACGACGGCGGCGGUCACGCGGGCUCCUGCCUAUGUCGUACACGCGCGUGUGAUAACCCCAGCCCUCAAUGUGGUGGUCAGAGAUGUCACGGGAUCAGCGCCGAGGUCGCCAACUGCUCCAGAAACGGAGCGUGGACUCCUUGGACUUCUUGGUCUCCCUGCAGCACCAGCUGUGGUAUUGGCUUUCAAGUUCGUCAGCGCUCUUGCAGCAACCCGACCCCUCGUCAUGGCGGGCGAGUGUGUGUGGGACAGAACCGAGAGGAGAGGUAUUGUAAUGAACACUUGCCCUGCCCUCCACACGUCUACUGGUCGGCCUGGUCGGCAUGGGAACGGUGCAAUGUGCCUUGCGGCGGCGGCAUCCAGUCGCGGCGGAGAACAUGUGAGAAUGGCAAUGACUGUCCCGGGUGUGGCCAGGAAUACCAGUCAUGCAACUCCCAGCCUUGUCCAGACCUGAAGAAGACCACGCCCUGGACCCCGUGGACACCGGUUAACAUUUCCGACAACGGAGGGCAUUACGAGCAGCGUUUCCGUUACACGUGCAAGGCUCGCAUCCCGGAUGCCAGCUUGCUGGAGGUGGGCAGGCAGAGGAUUGAGAUGCGCUACUGCUCUAGCGACGGUUCGACCGGCUGCUCCACUGAUGGUGAGGUUCUUCAUCUGGGGAAGAUCUCCGCCCGCACCGUGAAUGGUGGCUGGUCCUCGUGGUCUUCUUGGACCCAGUGCAGCAGAGACUGCAGUCGUGGAAUUCGCAGCAGGAAACGGGCUUGCAGCAAUCCGGAACCAAAGCACGGCGGUCAGACCUGCAUGGGGGCUGCCCAGGAGUACCAGGAGUGCAACAGCACUCCUUGUCCUGUGGAUGGAAGCUGGUCCUGUUGGUCUUCAUGGUCCAAGUGUUCUGUGAAAUGCGGAGGUGGACAUUACAUGAGGACGCGAACUUGCAGUAACCCCCCGCCUGCUUAUGGAGGAGACAUCUGCCUUGGCCUGCACACUGAGGAGGCACUAUGCAACACUCAAGCCUGUCCAGAGAGCUGGUCCAGCUGGUCCCAGUGGUCCCUGUGCGACUCCAGAGGGGCCCAGUUACGUGUCCGUCAUUGCGAUGUCCUGUUUCCGACUGGAAAUCAGUGCUCAGGAAACAGCAGUGAGAACAGGCCGUGCUCUCCAGACUCCAACCUUAUACCAGAAGUCUCCAUUGCACGCUCCAGUCAGGAGGAGAGACACUGUGGAGACUUCAACCUAUUCCACAUGAUUGCCGUGGGCCUCAGCAGCUCCAUCCUGGGAUGCUUGGUCACCCUGUUGGUGUAUUCGUACUGCCAACACUACCAACAGCAAUCGCACGAUGCCACCGUCAUCCACCCCAUCUCGGCCGCGCCGCUCAACACCAGCAUCACCAACCACAUCAACAAACUGGACAAAUACGACACGGUGGAAGCCAUUAAGGCCUUCAACAAAAACAAUCUGAUUCUGGAGGAACGGCAAAAGUACUUCAACCCACAGCGCACCGGGAAGACCUACACCAACGCAUACUUCACCGACCUCAACACCUACGAUGACUAUUAAAGAGGAAGAUGUUCCCCCCCCCACCCCCAUCCUGACUGAAUUAAAUUGUUGCAUAUAUAUUGAGAUUCAUAAAACCACGCGUCGGGCAGCUCCAUCCACUCUGAGACUCUGGCAACGAAAACACGUUGCCAUGCCAACAGGGGGAGCGGCCCACUCUCAGGUGCCUUGCGGUACGUUUGGAAAGCUCAGUUCCCUUUCUGGGAAACGGACGACUGGGUCUCCCACCAACCGACCGACCGACAGCUCGACAAACACGAAAGGGGAAUCGAUUUUAACUUUCCUGUGACUCUGUGAAAAGUGCUGCAUUUCUAAUGAGGCACAUCAAAUCUGCUUUGCAUGACUCAUCUGACGUUUCAGUUUGCAUGACAGCAUUCCAUUUUCUUUUUUUUUUUUUCUUUUGAAGAUAACUCGCAAGAAUCAGGCUGUAGAUAUUUGAAGUCAAGCUACUUUUUUUGUCUGUUAGACUCAUGCAACAAGUGAUUGAUACAAUUUAGUUUUGUAAUUAUUUUUUUUAUAUAUUUGUCUUAAAUAUUCAAAAGAAAAUUCUUUGUGUAUUCUGAAAUGUAACUGGCAGUAUUCACAUUAGCCUGCACCAGUUCAGUCGCAGUACUUUUUGUAUUUUUUGUAAGAAAAAAAAAUGUUAAGAUAAGAGUGUUUGCUAUUUCUUUUUUUUUUCUUUCUGUUUUUGUAUUUGUGGGAGCAGGAUGUUUAUGGUAUUUACUGUACAGUGUAGCAAACACUAUCCUUGCCAACUGGAGAGCUACCCGUGUAUACUGCAAAAUAAAAGUUCAGUCAUCCGGAAGAGACAUUUUUUGUUCGUAACCAAAUAUUAGGUUAUUCAGUGGUUCAGUUGCAACUAACUCUUUACAUGUCUGCUUGUGUUGCUGUGCAUAAAUUAAAAGCUGAUUCAGACACGA